CACAACACCUGCAGUUCAGCUGAGAGGACUGCACUCCUGACUGUAAUCACCUUGUCAGUGCCUCAGUGGAGUUCACCAGUGGAGAAGCUACAGCCAUGGUGCAGAAAUAUCAGUCACCAGUGCGGGUCUACAAGUACCCCUUUGAACUUAUAAUGGCGGCCUAUGAGAGAAGAUUCCCAACUUGCCCCCUCAUCCCCAUUUUUGUGCACAGCGACAUCAUCAGUGAGAGACAGAGUGAGGACGGAGCAACUUGUGUAAUUGAGCGCAGGUGUACUAUUGAUGUAGAGGCCCCUCGAUUGUUGAAAAGGAUAGCAGGGGUGGACUACCUGUACUUUGUGCAGAAAAACACACUGGAUUGGCAACAGAGGAGCCUGCAUAUUGAGACCUACAAUGAAUCCUUUUCCACCAGGGUGAUCGUGAAAGAGCACUGCAGCUACACGGUGCACCCAGAAAAUGAAGACUGGACAUGUUUUGAGCUGUCAGCCAGUAUGGACAUGAAGUCUUUUUUUGGAUUUGAGAGUACAGCAGAGAAGAUUGCUAUGAGGCAGUAUGCUUCCAGUAUUAAAAAGGGCAAGGAGAUUAUUGAAUAUUACCUCCGUGAGCUCGAAACAGAGGGUAUAACUCAUAUACCUCGUUGGACUCCUCCUUCCACCACCACAACACCCCCCCAGCCAACAGUCAAUGCAGCCGCUAUUCGCACACACAAGUACAGCAAAGAAGACAGUGAAAGAGUCCACAUUAAUCUUACAGAGAGCUUGCCUGUUUCUGUAGAAGAUAAGUUAGAUGCAGAUUACAUCCGACAUUAUCUAGGAGAGCUGAGCCCCCUGAAUGAGAGUUGCUUCAUCCGCCUACGGCAAUGGCUGCAGGAAACACACAAGGGAAAGCUCCCGAAAGACCAGCAUGUGCUACGGUUUCUGCGCUCGCGGGACUUUAACGUAGAGAAAGCUCGAGAGGCAUUGUGCCAUACACUAACCUGGAGGAAACAGCAUCAGGUGGACUUUCUGCUGGACUCAUGGCAGUGCCCACAGCUGUUGCAAGACUGCUACACAGGGGGAUGGCACUAUCAUGACAAAGAUGGCUUACCUCUCUACAUCUUACGGCUAGGACAAAUGGACACCAAAGGACUUGUACGGGCUUUAGGGGAAGAAUCUCUUCUUCGACAUGUUCUAUCUAUCAAUGAGGAAGGUCUCAGGCGCUGCGAGGAGAACACAAUCAUCUUUGGUAAACCCAUUAGUUGCUGGACUUGUCUGGUGGAUCUGGAGGGGUUGAAUAUGAGGCAUCUGUGGAGGCCAGGAAUCAAAGCUUUACUGAGGAUUAUAGAGGUGGUGGAGGCCAACUACCCCGAGACACUAGGAAGGUUGCUAAUACUGAGAGCUCCCAGAGUCUUUCCUGUGCUCUGGACACUGAUCAGCCCAUUCAUUGACGAGAACACCCGCAAGAAAUUCCUCAUCUACGCUGGGAAUGACUAUCAGGAUUCAGGAGGCUUGGUGGAUUACAUAGACAGAGAGUUCAUCCCUGACUUUCUUGGUGGAGAUUGUCCGUGUCAUGUCCCGGAUGGUGGCGUGGUCCCCAAAUCUCUGUACCGCACACCAGAGGAGCUUGAAAAUGAGGAGAUAAAACUCUGGACUGAAACAAUCUACAAAACUGCUAGUGUGUUCAAAGGAGCUCCACAUGAGGUGCUGAUUGAAAUCACAGAAGCAUCCUCAGUUAUCACGUGGGACUUUGAUGUGUGUAAAGGUGAUGCUGUUUUCAACAUAUAUCACUCUAGAAAAGCCCCACAGACUCAGAAGAGAGAUACUUUGGGAAAUCUGACUGGUCCAGGAGGCAACAAUAUGCAAGUGAUUGAGAAGGCAUGGAUACCGGGGAAGGACUACAGCUUGGUGGAAACAGCUCUAACUUGUAGAGAGGGCGAGAGCAUACAGGGCUCUCAUGUAACACGUUGGCCUGGUUUAUACAUAUUGCAGUGGUGCUUCCACAGCUCAGCAUCUAGCUUAUCCUCACUUCAAGUCUCCACACAGAAGUGUAGGGUGAUGUACUACACCGAAGUUCUGCACUCUGAAGACUUCAGGGGUUCUAUGACAAGUCUGGAGUCCAGUCAUAGUGGUUUCUCUCAGCUGAGCACCACCACCACCUAUUCUGGCCAGUCACAUUCCAGUUCAGUUGCUUCACGGUAGAACAUAUGCCACAUAAGAACGGCGAUUGUUUAAUACAAAUUCUGUAUAAAACAUUGCACAGAAUUCCAUGCUGUUGUUACUUAAGUUGUUUGAAUCAUUUCUCAUGUCGUAACAUAUAAUAAUCUGUAAAUUUCUGCAAAAAUGAUGAUGUUUUGUGAUGUUGUUUCAUUAUUUCAUAGACAAAAGUUACUUUAUCUAUUCUUUUUUUUUUUUUUAAAUUAUUUGGCUACUUCAUAUGUUUAUUCAUUAAAUAUACUAAAUACAGUCAGCUCCAGAAAAAAAUAAAGAUGGUUAUAUAAAAAAAGGUUAUGGAAAAAGUGUUAAGCUUAAGCUGACAUUGAAAGUAUGAGAUAAUGUAAUUGAUGUAAAUUUAUUCGGCAUAUUCUUAUGUUUUAUUUUUAUACAGUCUUUGAGCAAAAUUGUAUUAAAGCUAGGUCCUAUUUUUAUUUUACUUUUUUAUUUCCAGUUAAGGAUUUUACUUCCUUUUGUUACGGCCCAGUCUAGGUUGGUUUCAGACCUCUUAAACAGUCAUCCAUGACGUCCUGUUUCAUUGGGGUUUAAAUAUGAGAUGACAAAAAGGCCAAAUUCUCUUACUCAUUCAUCAACAUGCAAAAGAUUCAGUAAUAUACAAAUAAGACAAAACGAGUGUAUUCACAUUUAUGAUCAGACAAUGGCUAUAAAAAAAUAACUACAUGGUCAUAUUCACUGUAAGAUGAAUAAUUAAGAAUGAUUAAGAAGUUCAAAACACGUGAAGCUGUAAUGAGCCUGCCUAUAAGAAGGCACAAGUGUAUUUUGCCCUUUAUAUAUAGUGAGGAAGAUGGUUAGAGAGGCUGAUGGCUGAAGUCUUGCAGAUGGUAGUAUUUUGGGGUCACCAAGUCUCUAAAUCUGCAAAUGACAGCACAUGAUGAUAUUUGAAAGGUGUGUCAGAAAGAAAUUAGAACCUUCUUAUCAAACAUAUUAUCAUGGAUUCCAGUACCAAAUGAUUUUAAAACACAGGUUAAAACACAAGUGGCUGCUUCUGCCAAAAAGCUACACCUAGUUCAUGGUUCAACGUCCACAGGUUCAAGCUUUGGAGCUCCCAAUUUCCCUGACCUAAACAGCAUUGAAAACCAGUGGGGUGAACUGAAGAGGAGAGUCCACAAAGGAGGGCCUAGGACCCUGGAAGAUAUGGAAUUAUUGUUAUGGGAUUAUUGUGUAAUGAUGUGUGCCCUCAUAUUCUUUGCUCUGCAUUCACCAGUCACCAAUAUUAUAGGAGAAGACACCAUGCUCUUGUUGGGAAAGAGGGUCGCGCAAAAUAUUAAAUGCAGGGGUUACAAUAACUGUCACAGGUGUGGUUUUGUUAAAAAUAAUUUUGAAUUGUUUACUUGCUUAGGAUAAAUGUACUUCAAUUAGAGGUUAGAUUAAUCUCAUAUUUUUGGUGUGAAAUUAAGCUGAGAAAGCACAAGAACAUUGGAUCUUAACCUUGUUUACCCAUCUUUAUCAAAAGUGCCAAUAAUUCUGGAGCUGUCUGUAUAUUUAUUGUGCAAGAGAUUUGCUUCUUUGAUGCCUGCUUUCACAUUUACACUGGGAAGUGUGAUUAUACUUCUCCCCCACAAGAUGGCAAUGUGUUAAGCCUAUGAGCACAUUGCCAUUGACAUGAAAGGUUACUUGAGAUUGGCUUUGAUGCAAAUGAUGAGCAAUGGGGUUAGGGUUAGCGUUAGGGAACAGUAAGUGUUCCUCCAGAAGCAUUUUUGUGGAUUGUGGACUCUGCAAACUGCUGUGUUAGCUAAGAACAUUCCACAGGGAACAUUUAUUUGAUGUGUAAGAAUAUGUUAAGAGGUCUUGCAUAUUAAGACUGAGCUUGAUCACCUAGAUCUGACUGCCCUUUAGUUCCAAAGAUACUAUGUAAUAUACCCUAAGAGAAUCAAUAUAUGAGAGCUGACUCUCUCCACUGGGAGAGCUUGAUCAAUUGAAUCGUUUUGCCUUGUUGUAUUCUUUGGUUGAACAAAUGUUGUUUGAUUAAUCUUAGAGGUGUGUUUGUGGUGAUGUUUCUGAAUGUGAAGGAAUCAUGCAAUUACAGAGUUUGGAAAGAAAGAUCACACCUAUAAUUCCUCCCUCUUAGUUAAUAUACAGUGGUUAAUUGUUAUAUACUACCCUUUACUUUCCCAUCUCCUUUAUGUGCUCCAUUUUUCUAGCACAAAACUUUCUAAACUGAAACCUCACAAAAUUUACGAAAUAACUUUUUUGUAAAUUUUGUGAGGUUUCAGUUUAGAAAGUUUUGUUUGAAAAUAAAGAUCACACCUAUAAUUCCUAUAAGGAAUUGAAGUUCCACCUAUAAGAUUGGUGGAACUUCAAUCCACCAUCUUAUUUUUUCCUUUAUGAGUAAAAAGUCAUGAGAAACCUGUGUUGCAUAUUAUAGGGAUGCCAAACUUACCUCCUGGAUGACUGGAGUACAUCACACUAAUUUUUAAGGUUCACUACACCUACAAAUCCUGACAAUAUACUGAUCAGUUGAAUCAGUAGUUUCUAAGUAGUAACAUCAUCAAACUGUGACAGGACUGAAGCUGGGCACUGUUGAGCUUGUUUUCAAUAUAGUAUAUUCAGUAAGUCGAUUAAACUAGGACCUGUGCAACUUUCCUUACCUGAGCAUACAUAGAUUCCCAAGUUCAUCUGUAGGCCUAUCAGAAUUCAAUUUUCUUAUUGUUGCUCUGUGCAUGUGUAGGUGGUGUAGGUGGCUUUUUUCUCUGUUGUUCCACUUCUAAUUUAUAUUCAAGAGCCACAGGGUGGCUUUGCAGAUUGAUUUACAUACUGUGUAUACAAGCAUAAUUUCCAUAAACUCAUCAACUGCCUGCGGCUAAAGCUGGAUACAUUAAGUGUCCAUCUUGGUAUCAUCAUUUCUCCUCCAUGAUCAGGGUCUACUUGUAAUGCUGUAUGUGAGAACCUUACAGGUGGACAUAUUCUUGUGCCUGUUGAGUGUUCAGCAAUAGAUCUUGCUUGCUUGAACAUAUCCUGAUGUUUUUGGUUUAACAAUGCUUGCAUCUUGGCACCAAAAGUAUCCGCCUAUAUUGAUCAGCAAGAUCCACAGGUUACUUAGGGUCAACAUUUUCAGGAAUUAAUGGUAUCUGUUAGGCACAGCAAAAUGUUCUUUACAAAUGGUUGGUCAUUUAACAUCAUCGCAUUUAGCCACUUUAUCCAUAUAUAAAAGGCAAGUGUAAUUAACAGUGCUUAGCUAUAGCUAAGAGCAACAAGGAAGAGAGAUAUUUAAAUUGAGGAAGAUUGGCCAAACUAGUGCCCUGGUCCUAAGCCAAGGUGUUUGAAGCCAUUGCUAUUGAUUAGUGCAUGGAUUAUAAAACUGUGUUGAAAGGGCAAUGAUGUCUUAUCAAGAUUCUAUCUACAGCAUUUGUACUCUGUAGCAUAAAGCACUGGCACUGCACCAAUACAAGACUCUUACACAGGAGUGGAAAAAGAGAGUGGAAAAAGAGAAAUUUUACUGAAGUUAAAGUAUAGAUAGUGUCCCAAAAUAUGACUCAAUUAAAAGAUGAAUUAUCCAUCUAAAACAUACUCAUGUGAAAGUUAAGUUAAUGUCAUGCUAAUAUCAAUGCUAAUUUAAUGUCAACCGCACCAUUUGCUUGAAAACAUCAUUCAAUCUCUGUAAGUUUGCAAUAUUUACCAUUAGCUAGAAUUUGACUUACAUUUUACAUUUGCAUUUAUUCAUUUAGCAUUCAUUUAUCCACAGUGACUUACAAAUGAGGAAAUACAAGCAAAGACUUUCUGCUUUUUCAAAUUAGAUGAAGUUCAUGCCUUUGAAGGAGUCAAAUAAGAUGCCUCAAGUCUUUGCUUACUUCAGCAUAUUGAAAAAUUCUACUGAGGCAUAGGCCCAGGGGUGCUCUUCUUCAUGUUAAACACUGCUGUCCCUUGGUAUAUCCAUAUUCAGACACAAGGAUAGUUUUAGCUCUAACCUGGUCCACAUGUCUCCACAUGUUGAAGUGUCCUUGGGCAAGACACUGAAAUUGCUCCUGAUGGUAAGCUAGCGCCUUGCAUGCAUGUGUGUAUGUGAAUGGGUGCAUAAGAAACAGUGUAAAGUGCUUUGUAGAACCACUAAGGUUAAAAAGCGCUAUAUAAGUGCUGACCAUAUGUAGCAUACAGUCUUUGGCUGGAUGAGAGAAGAACAGACAUUUAAGAUUUGUAACAGGGACUAUGAAGGUCUAAAAAAAUAUAAUGAUUAAAAACA